AACAGGGCUUGGCUUGGCUGAUUUCACAUCACAAGUGCCAGAGGAUCAGGAGACAGAAGCAUCCCAACACACCUGAGCAGUGUGAGCCGAGGAGCACCGCGCAGAACUGUAAGUGCAGACUCCUUUGCAAGAGCAGCCUUGGGCCAUGAAACAGAUUCAUCAGAAUGAACUGAUGUGUAAACAGCCUCUGGUAAGAGAUCUGUGCAAGCUUUAAUUGUAGUGUGGUUAAAGCCUGUCUUUUCUCUUUCACCUAAAUGAGGACGAUCUUAAAAUUUAUUCAUUCAUUCCAGUAGCAUCUCUCAAAUAAGCUGUGGCACUGGAAUCCUUUAUCUCAAAUCUUAUGCUGGUGCCUAAACACCAGGCUCGAAUGACUAGAGUAAUUGGCUGCCUAACAUUUCCUUCUGUAAUUAAUUUUUCUCCCCAGGAAAGUACUUCAAGUCCAAUCCAUCGGUGAGAAGAAGUCCUGAGGCCAUGAUUGCUUCACAGAUUCUCUCCACUCUCACUUUUGGUAAGUCAGAUUCUCUCCACUCUCACUUUUGUGCUCCUCAUUAAAGACAGUGCGGGCUGGACUUACAAUGUGUCCAGGGUAAACAUGACUUAUGAUGAGGCCAGUGCUUACUGUCAGCAAAGGUACACACACCUGGUCGCAAUUCAAAACAACGAGGAGAUCGAGUACCUGAACGCCAUGUUGAGCUAUUCUCCAAGUUAUUACUGGAUUGGCAUCAGAAAAGUCAACGGUGUGUGGAUCUGGGUGGGGACCCAGAAGCCCCUGACUGAAGAAGCCAAGAACUGGGCUCCAGGAGAACCCAAUAAUAAGCAGAAAAACGAGGACUGCGUGGAGAUCUACAUCAAGAGACCAGAAGGUUCCGGCAUGUGGAAUGACGAGAGUUGCAGUAAAAGGAAGCUCGCGCUGUGCUACACAGCUGCCUGCACCCAAGCCUCCUGCAGCGGCCACGGGGAGUGUACAGAGACCAUCAACAACUACACCUGCAGGUGCCAUCCUGGCUUCAGUGGACUCGAGUGUGAGCACGCUGUGACCUGUAAAGCACAGAAAGACCCUGAGCACGGGAGGCUGGUUUGCACUUCACCCUUUGGGACCUUCAGCUACAAUUCCUCCUGCUCCGUCAGCUGUGACAGUGGCUACCUGCCAAGCAGCGUGGAGACCACCCAGUGUAGGUCCUCUGGGGAAUGGAGUGCUCCUCUUCCCACCUGCAGAGUGGUGGAGUGUGCUGCUUUGACAAAUCCAGCCAAUGGAACCAUGGAUUGUGGCCUGGGCCCUGGACGCUCCCCCUGGAACACCACAUGUACAUUUGGCUGUAAGGAAGGAUUCGAACGAGUGGGAGCUCAGAACCUCAAGUGUACCUCCUCUGGGAACUGGGAUGACGAGAAGCCCCUGUGUAAAGCUGUGACAUGCGAAGCCAUCCAUCGGCCUCAGCAUGGCUCUGUGCACUGUAGCUACUCCACUGCUGGAGAGCUCACCUUCAAGUCCUCCUGCAAAUUCAGCUGCAAAGGGGGCUUCAGGCUGCUGGGACCAGCCCAGGUUGAAUGCACAGCACAAGGGCAGUGGACACAGCAAACACCAGUGUGUACAGCUGUGCAGUGCGAUGCUCUCCCUGUGCCCCUGAAUGGCUCCGUGAAGUGCUCUCCUUCCCCUACUGGAGAGUUCACCUACAGGUCCUCUUGCACCUUCCACUGUGACGAUGGCUUUGACUUACAUGGAUCAGCUCAACUGGAGUGCACAUCUCAGGGGCAGUGGACACACGAGGUCCCCUCCUGCCAAGUGGUACAGUGUUCAAGCCUGGCAGCUCCAGGAAAGGUCAACAUGAGCUGCAGUGGGGAGCCUGUGUCUGGCACUGUGUGUGAGUUUGCAUGUCCUGAGGGCUGGAUGCUCAAUGGCUCUGCAGCUCUGACAUGUGGUGCCACAGGACACUGGUCUGGGACGCUGCCUACCUGUGAAGCUUCCCCCGAGUCCAGCACUCCCUUGGCAGCUGGACUUUCUGCUGCAGGAACCUCCCUCGUGGCACUGGCGUCAGUCCUCCUCUGGCUUCUGAAAUACUUUCGGAAGAAAGCAAGGAAAUUUGUCCCUGCCAGCAGCUGCCAAAGCCUUGAAUCCCAUGGAAACCGCCAGGUGCCUCUGGACUCCAUCUAAGCUCGAAGGAGUCUGGUAAGACUUGCAAGUGGCAUGUCAUGAGGGAGCAUCUCCCUAGGCGUUUGGCUCAUCCUUGGGCCCCUUCCAGCCUGCAUUGUCCUCAGGACCUCUCCAUCUCCAUGGCACUUACUGGAAAGGUGUUUUGUUUCUUUGCAGGAGAGGGAAGAAACAGAAAUCUGGCUUUCUUGAGCCAUUUCCUUUAUGAAAGAUAAUAAUGAUGGUGACAACUGACCCUUAUGUGGCACUUACUGUGCCCUAGGAACUGUUCUAAGCUAGGAACUCCAUGAGAUAGGAUGAUUAUUCUAUUUCUCCUGACUUAGAUGGAGCAGAGGAGGCAGAGAGAAGCGAAGUGACUUGCCUGAAGUCUCAAAGCUCCUAAGUGGUGUAGCAGGAUUCAAGCACAGGCAGUGUGGUUCUAGAAUCUGUGUUCUUAAACAUCUGCUCUGCUUUGUGAGGAUUUGGAAGGGUCAAGUAAAGUCCCUUGAAAUACUUAAAAAAAUAUUAUAUGAUUUUUGUGCAACUUUAGAUUAAUGGAAAAAUUGAAAAAUCUUAGAGUUACCAGCAUCUUGAACUAGCAUGAUUCAUUUGAUGCAACUGAUGGAUCAGUAUAGAUGCAUUACUAUUAGUUAAAGUCCCCAGGUUACUUUAGUGUUCACUGUGUUGUGCUUUCUGCAGGGUUUAACAGAUAUGUAAUCACCUGUAGCCACCAUUACUGUGCCGUAAAGAAUAGUUUCCCUGUUCUAACUGAACAGCACUUGAUGUUGCUAUUUGGGUGGCCCCAGGCAGAAUGCACAGUAGCCUGUGCUGGGAUGUGCAUUUUGUUGUCACUUACAGUAUGCAUUAUGCUGAAGUUUUCUGGUGACAUGCACGUUUGCUUGCGCUUGCAGGAACACUGGUGCAUCCCGGGAACUAGACUGAACCACUGAAGACAGCAGAGGUGUCCUGCCCCCUGGCCUUCCUGGCCCAUUGUCCUAUGCCUUGACAGCUGGGACCAUGACUUCAGUGGAUUAAGUUCAGAGCCAAGUGCAGUCUUCCACCAAAAAGACUCAAUCUUCUCGUUCCUAUUCUCAGGACGAAGAAAUUGCUGGCUAGGCUAUUAGAGGAGAGGGUCUUCUUCAAAGCAAGCUGAAGAAAUCAAGAGUCUGGACUCUCAGAAUUCCUUUCCUAACUCUCGGUUGGAAGCUCUGAAUCUCAGUGGAGAAACAAUGUUUUCUGGCUCUGUUUCUCUUGUCCCUCACUGUGUUGCAACUGCUAGUUACAGUAUUGCAUUUAGAGGAGUACAUAAUAAUUAUCAACAGUUUACAGGAAACCAAUUGUCCAGUGAUAUUUGGCUUCCAACUUGGGGGUGGGGGAUACACGACAAGAUUUUUAAUGCCCAGAGACAACUGCACAGAAGGCUGUUGGUGGUGCGAGGUGCAAAUCCUACUUAGUACUCAGUGCCAGGAUCACCAAGCAUGGUCCUGAUCAUGUCCCUGUGGGACUCAGGGCUUUUAAAGUGUUCUUAGAGGUAGUAUUCGUCCUAUUUGCCUUGAAUAUAGUAUGCUCCUCCUCAAUUCUUAAUUUAGAACAAGGUUUACAAGGGACUUUUGACAUUGGUAGGUGUUGUCGACUAUGAUAGGGUAAAUAUUCCUGAUCUAGGUUGCCACCUCCUUGUUUAUUAACAAAUUUAAAUUUGCAUUUGCUGUAGAUUUAUGUAAACAAACAUGCAAACCAGUAUGAUGUUCUGAGGUUUUACUGCAAUUGUGUGGGACAUGAUGCUCUCAGGAGAGUGAAAACUGAACACAGGGUUUGAUUCUUGUUACCAGAGUUUUACACAAAUUAUUGCUUUCCAUGAUGAAACUUCCAUGAGGCCAAAUUUUCUGAUUUGAUAAAAGCAUCAUAAAUGUAUGAAUUGUCAAGAUCAUUGUAAAGUCAUGUGUAGCUAAUAAAAAAAGCAUCAACACAAACAAAUGAAGGUACAAUUUUGUGACUUUCUUUGUAAAAAUAAAUGUAGACAUAUUGAUGUGCUUUGCCCUCCUACAAAGGGGUUUGCCAAAUGUCUGAUGUAAAUACAAUUCUUUUGUAUUAUGUAAGAUUUUAAAUGCAUAGGAAUUCACCACGUAAAGUACCAAGUGGAUUUUCAGAGUGAAAAGUCUAAUGAUUAUUUUUAGUCGUUUUAUUCUGUAUAUUAGUAUCCCUGGAAGAGAGUGUUAGGUUUCUAAGGAGAGUUUAAAAUUACUAAGGAAUUUCCAGGUAUCACCGACAAUGAGACAUUCCUGGUCAGUAAGUGCCAAAGCUGCCCACAUCAAAGCUUUCCCACAUUUCUUUUAACUUAGCAUGUUGAAGAGGAACAUUUCAAGUAAGUGCUGCCUGAAUGUUGGCAGGGCAGAGCCAGCAGUAAACAGGGAGGUGUGAUAAAGAUGAGAAAGCAGUGGUUUCUUAAGGGGCAGAAGGACUCAGGGAAGGGGGACUAUUGUGAUCAGAUUACAUAUGGAAAGAGUUAUUAUUUUCUCUGAAAUUGCUCAAAUGUUGUAAAUAUUUACAUAUUCUGCGUUAGAAAUAACUGCAUGAAAUACAAAUGUGGUGUGUUUGGGCUUCAAAUAGUAUUUUAAAUUAUGACUUAGAGUAUUUUACAGUUUUAAUGUGUGUAUUUAUUUAAGGUUUUGCCAGGUUUAUUAUAUUUGACAUAGCAGUUAAAGUCUGACAAUAAAUGUGUGCAUAUUUAUCUCUG